CGUCCUGGCUUCAUAUCCUGUCGCUAUCCUUUGGCUAAGCGCAAGCCCAAGCGGUUUCAGUUUGAGGUUUUGAGUGCAUUUGAGCGGCUGCAAAUACAAACAGAACUGUGCGUCGAAAAAAGCCAUAUAUCUCUGGCAAUUAGUGCAUAGUGUUCGCUGAAAAGCAUAUCCUCGAGAUUGAAUUGUGCGGAACUUGCAGGAUAUAGAAGUCCAAGGAGUAGUAAUUGCCGCUUUUCGCGAAACCGGCUCGGAUCGUAACCUCUUUUAAUUCUUCUUCGGGGUUGUGCGUGUGCACCAAACGGCUUCAAAAUUAAUUACUCAAAGUACCACCACAACGCUAUGUCCUUAUCGGCCAUAGCCAAGCCAAUACUCUACUCGUAUUGGCGCAGCUCGUGCUCCUGGCGCGUGCGCAUUGCGAUGAACCUGAAGGAGAUACCCUACGACAUCAAGCCGAUCAGCCUGAUCAAGUCCGGUGGCGAGCAGCACUGCAAUGAGUACCGCGAGGUGAAUCCCAUGGAGCAGGUGCCCGCCCUGCAGAUUGAUGGACACACCCUCAUCGAAUCGGUGGCCAUCAUGCACUACCUGGAGGAAACCCGUCCGCAGCGACCACUCCUCCCACAGGACGUCCAUAAGCGGGCCAAGGUGCGCGAAAUAGUCGAGAUCAUCUGCUCGGGCAUCCAGCCGCUGCAGAACCUCAUCGUGCUCAUCCACGUGGGCGAGGAGAAGAAGAAGGAGUGGGCCCAGCACUGGAUAACACGUGGCUUCCGGGCGGUGGAGAAGGCGCUGUCCACCUCGGCUGGAAAAUACUGCGUGGGCGACGAGAUCUCCAUGGCGGACUGCUGCCUCGUACCUCAGGUGUUCAAUGCCCGAAGAUUCCACGUGGACUUGCGACCGUAUCCCAUAAUUCUGCGCAUUGAUCGCGAGCUGGAGAGCAAUCCAGCAUUCCGGGCGGCCCAUCCCUCCAAUCAACCGGACUGUCCGCCGGAGCUGCCCAACAAAUAGAAUUUUCCGACGACAACUGCAAAGCGCCGUAAGACGAAAAAGUGAAUUGCAGUUCGUAAACCAGGCACAGGACAAACUAAGAACUUAAAUCUGAUCGGUGGGCGGGGAUUGGAUGGGAUGGCAAAGCUGGCGAGGAUUCCAUUAAGCAAAAAACAGUCGGAUGUGAUUUAAGAAAUUGCUAACAGCAUUUAAAUAUGCAUAAAUGCAUAAAAAUACUAUCGAUAACAUAACGAAAUUCCUCACACGAAAUUCAAAUGCAAAAUUCUCAGAAACGGAACAAAAAAUAUAUAUGAAGUAUAAUAAAUUCUUGAAAUUCCCUUA